AUGCUAACAGGUGCCAGGGAGUUGGGAGCUGCAGGAGAGGAUGGGUUGGCAGGGGAACUGGGCAAAGUUGGGCCUCCGGGAGCCAGAGGACUAAGAGGGGCUCUUGGACUUCCUGGAGCUGUUGGGCCAAGGGGGCCACCGGGAGUGUGGAAUGGAGAGGAUCUGUGUCCCACCUCCUGCCCCUCCGGCCUCUCUGGCUACUCUGGGCUACCAGGAAUGAAGGGCCACAAAGGUGCAAAAGGUGAAUCUGGAGAACCAGGGAAGCAAGGACACAAGGGUGGAGAGGGGGAAUUGGGAGCUCCAGGGGAACAAGGAUCCCAAGGACUACCAGGUCCAGGCGGAUUGAGAGGGAUCACUGGGUUGCUGGGCCCCAAAGGUGAAAGGGGCGGUCGUGGAAAAUCUGGUGAUCUUGGGCUCAUCGGCGCCGAGGGACCCCCAGGUGAUGCUGGCCGAAGGGGCAAAGUUGGCGAGACAGGGCCGAAAGGUUCCUUAGGAGGACGAGGGCCACAAGGGAUAAGAGGAUUACCAGGCGCCGUUGGAGAAGCUGGAUUAGCUGGACCAGAUGGCCGUGAGGGUAUCCCUGGAAUGCCAGGCGGGAAGGGCAUUCCAGGAAAGGUGGGAUCUCCUGGUGAUGUUGGACUGCAGGGACUUCCUGGUUUGCCUGGUACCCCAGGGGCAAAGGGGCACUCUGGGCCAACGGGAGCCUCAGGUGAUUCCGGCGUUGCAGGAUUAAUCGGGAACUAUGGCAAAAGUGGGGAGCGUGGAGAGCAGGGGGAGCAGGGCCCGGUGGGCGCCAGAGGUGGACCAGGGGAGAGAGGAGCGGUCGGUAAUGGUGGACCUCCAGGGCCGAUGGGAGAGAGGGGACCUAAAGGGGACAUUGGUCUUCCAGGACUUCCAGGCCCGGCUGGUUUUAUUGGUCAAAAAGGAGAUCGGGGUGCAGUUGGUCUAACAGGCCCUGAAGGUGAACAAGGAGCUCCAGGAGAGGAGGGGACCCCAGGAAACAAAGGAGACCCCGGCGAGGAAGGUGAAGCAGGAGAGAAAGGAUCAACAGGGAAGCCAGGAGAGACGGGCAACAGAGGUCCAGAGGGGAUGCGCGGCCUGCCGGGAGCCUCAGGAGAGACAGGGGAGAUCGGGCCUCGUGGCAUGCAGGGAGACCGAGGAGCCCACGGACUGACCGGAGGACAGGGCGCAGCAGGCAGAGGUCCAACAGAGCAGCACAUCAAGCAAGUGUGCAUGAGAGUCAUGCAAGAGCAGCUCGCUCAGCUGGCCGCCAGCCUCAGCAGACCAGAGUCCGGCAUCUCAGGCCUCCCUGGCCCUCCGGGUCCCCCUGGGCCUCCCGGCUCCACUGGCAACAACGGCUACCCCGGACACCCUGGAUCUCGAGGCCUUCCUGGACUCAAAGGGCCGCCAGGCGUGCUGGGACGUAAAGGACCCAAAGGUGAUACAGGAGACAGAGGAGAGAGAGGCCCAACAGCUAUUGGUCCAAAGGGUAUCGCUGGUCCUCCUGGUCUUCCUGGUGCGCCAGGUAUAGCAGCGUACGGUACCCACGGCCGUGAUGGGUUGAGAGGCCCGCGUGGCGUUCCCGGCCUGCCUGGUGUUCCAGGGCUUCCUGGUCAUGCCGGGGUCAACGGAUGGUGCGAGUCCUCCCAGUGUGUCCUUCAGGCCUUGCCAGGGGAGAUCUCGGCCAAGGACUCCGGCAUGAAAGGGCCGGACGGGGACGGGCUUUGAGAUUCCGACUCCAGAGCCCAGGUCAGGGAGACCUGAGAGACUUAGAGAACACGUCCACUGAGGAGUACAGGCUAACACUUUACUUGAAGUAGCCACUGCACUUUGGGAUCAUAAGAGUAAGAUGUCAUGUCACAGUGAUACUCACGUGUGCUCAUAACGUUUGUUGUAACGCAUGGAAUCAUUUGGAUGGUUAGGGAUGAACAUCUUUGGAAUUCCUUUGGUGGUAUGUAAUAUCGUGACAUGCUUGCUCUUAUGACUGAGCCAAAGAGAAAGCCACUUCAAAUAAAUUGUUACAGAAAUAAAGUCUUUUGUUUUGAUGUUUUAUUUUGAUGUGACAGUAACUCCCUCCUUAAUAGAAAAAUAUGGGCUGAUGAAAUAUAUUUCUUGCCCUCUUUGAUGAGACAUUUUGAAUCAUAUCCAUUGGAAUUCUAGUUUCCCUCCUUUUGUAAUAAGAAAUACUCCUCAACCAUACUUGUACACCUGGAUACAAAUUUCAUUUUUUAGUUGCUGUUUUCAUGCCAAAUAUGAAUUAUCUUAUGUCUGAAAUGUAACUGUAAAUCUGUGUAUAUGUGUCAAUACUGAACCCGAGGUCUUUUGCGAAUUAUACUGGUGAUAGAAUGACCCUGUGUGUUUUUGUCACUGACUUCCAUGUUUCCAGACAUUUGUACAGUACAGCACUUAAUUUCAUUGCAGUGUUUGUUGUGUGUGUACAAUGGAAGAGCCCGUUCACCUGAUCCUGUUUGACGCACUAUAUAUUAUUUAUUAUAUGGAAGGCAGAUGUGACGCCAGUUGUGG